AUGGGGAAAAGAGAUUCACUGGGCGAUUAUUCGCUGGAGAUGCAGUUGAUCCAGAAGAAGAUCGAGCAUAUUAUAAGAUCGAUAUCCGAGGAUAAAUUGAAGGGAGUGCACAACCCUCGCGGAAUGCGUGAAUUGCGGAACAGAUUAUUUGUUAAUCUGAAGAGGCUGCUGAAGGUGAAGUUAAAGAAGAACAAGUCACUGAAGAAGAACGACAUCGGAUUGCUGAGAAAGUACAGUAAUAAGUUGCAUAAGUGGCAAAAAUAUCUGAAUGAGCAGCAAAACGAAUUGCAAGAAAAGGAGCAGAAAGAAAUUAAAUUAGAUAAUAAAAUGCAAAAGUUGAGCAAACAGUUGAAAGAACUUCCGCAAACACAUAAUAAACGUAAGGAGAUUCCUCCAGCACGAGUAAUCAUACCAAUUUCUGGCAUUGAAAAAAAUUCUCUGGUUAAAAAACGCAAUCGUAAAGUCAAGUUUGCAAAAUUUACCAAUCAGAAGAGAUACACUGUGCCGAGCACAAUUAUUGACUAUUCGAGACGUUCAAGUUCUUUUAGUGGACCACGAAAAACUUUAAGUGCCGAAAAUUCAAUUAAAUUAAGAGAUAUAUUGGAAAACAUUGAAAAAUCGACUGCAGAGAAGAAAGUGGAGCGGGAAAACAUAUCUGAACCGGAUUUGUUACCAGUGAGAUCACAACAGUUCCUGAGCAGUCACGAUAAGAGAUUAGAUCCAUAUUUCAGGGAUAUCCGAAAGAGCAUUUCUGCACAGUUGAUUACUAACCACAGGCCUGAAUCUAGGAGCAGUAGCAGAAUGAGCACAAAAUCAUUAAGUUCAUUGAGAUUGAAGAGGCUCAAAAGGAAACUGCAGCAGCAUGUAAAUGUCGGUUCUGGUACCCAGACCCCUCAGCAUACGGUGCCUGUUGUGAUUGCGACACCAACACACAAGUUGCAUAUAUCAGAUGUCGAUGCUUUGGUGAUUCCCAAGAUUAUUUCCGCCGGGCUUUUCACACAGAAAACACUCAAAUCUCCGCACUGGAAGUUAUUUCAACGCGUUGUUGCUGAAAAUAAAAAAAGUUUUGGUGAGGAAUUUAUUGAGAACGUCGAUGAUACGACUAAAACGAAUCUCAGAUCAGUGCACAUUUUGCUUAAAGAUGUCAUUCAAGGACCGAGCAUGCUUGACAUUAUUGCAGAUAGAAAUGGCAUUCUUAGAAUUGUGCGUCGCCAUUAUAUGUGGAAAAAUUUGGCAGGUGUUUACAGUGAUAUGAGCAGUGUUGGUGUUGGAAAGAAGGAAAUUUAUAAUGUCUUACGCAAUCAAUACUUGGAAAAUAUCGAUGAAAUCUUUAAUGAAGCCAUGGAGAAUGGCAUGGCACUUGUUAGCGAAAAGGAACCCACAAUAUCUGUGGACGAUCUGCAAUUUCAUAAUUUGCAUUUGACUGACUCUACUGAGAACUCAAUGGAUGUAUUACGAUUUAAGAGAACUUCUGCAUCGAGAGAGGGUUCGAUUGCCUCCGGAGGCUCAGACCGACAAAGCGUUCUUUCACUUGCGAUAAAGGACUUAUCUGAUGUGAAUAAUCGUUACUCGCUCACAAACUUGAAAAACAUACAGAAGGCGCAUGUGGCUUACUUUGCUAGCCUAAAGAAAACGCCAUUGGAAAUUCAAUUGCAGCAACAGAAGAAUGCCAUGAAAAAAGAAUUACGAAAACAAUCGCGAUUACAAUCGGCGACUAAAGAAUGCAAAAAGAAGCAAAAAAAACUGCAGCAGAAUGUCGACAACAAUCGAUUGUACUAUGAGCCAAGGAAAACUUGCAGAGAGCGCAGCAUCUUGGAUGAUGAGCUGCAAGAUUGCAACUGCCUUGAGCCGCUUUGCACUCCAAAGUGCAUGCGCUGUGGUGCCGAAAUGCCAUCGCUGGACACUAUGGAAGUGAAAAGUAGCAGCAGCAAACUCUCCUUGUACUCCAUUGCAGCAUGUGGCAAGAACAAGGAUUUGCUGCAUCUGACCUCUGACAUAUGCGAUCAGUGCGGCUUUGUGCAUCAUCAGCGUUCACCUUGUCCCAUGCUCAUUGAAGCGUCACCCUCAAGGACAAUGCAGCAACUGCGAUGGAUAAAAGAGAUCGCUCCGUAUGCUGAAGAUCGUUGCCAAGUGCUGACGAAUUGA